AGUUAUCGCCGCGGGUCGGUGGAAUCUACUUGUUUGUUGUUUUCCCGGUUUCACCAAGAAAAAAUCAAUAAUCAAGUUUUGAAAGUUAUUUUGUGUUAAAUUUAAUAAUCAUGGGGUUUUCGGAAGGUCAAAUUAUGUUGGACAGCCCGACCGGCGCUUAUUAUUCUGGACAAACUGUAAACGGUCGAGUUAUCUUCGAGUUGACCAAAGUAAAAACGAUUCGAGGUAUUUUCGUGAAAUUCCACGGCUUCUGCUCCGUGCACUGGACCACACGAAAGAGCAGGCGCGUCAACGACAGGACAGAACACUACACAGUCUCGCACGACUCCCACGAAGAGUAUAUCAACCUGAAGAUGUAUAUCCUCGGCAGCAAGAAUGCGGAACACAAACUCAACCCGGGCAAAUACGAGUACCCGUUCACGUUCCAAAUCCCGGACAGCUGUCCGUCCGCGUUCGAGGGCUCCCACGGACACGUGCGCUACGAGCUGAAGGUGGUCGCCGACCGCGCCUUCAAGACUGACCAGGAGAUCUUCCACCCGCUGCGAGUUAUCGCGCCGCUGGACCUUAACUACCAGAACUGCAAGGAGCCACGCACGAUGGAGUUUGACCAGACCUUCUGCUGCUGGUGCAUGAGCUCCGGAGCGGCCCACACGCUGGUCAAACUACCGGUCACGGGCUAUUGCCCCGGGCAGGUCAUCCCACUGGAAGUCAGCUGCUCCAACGAAAGCAGCGUCGAGCUGGAUCAGAUCAAGUUCGCUAUCAAGAAGGACACAUUCUUCCGCGCCGUAACGAAUCCGGGCGAGAAGUCGGACCACGACACUGUCCUGGAGAUCACGAAGGGUCCUAUCCCCGGGAAUACGGAGCGAAACUGGACCGUGGAAUUGCAAGUGCCGGAGGUCGGCGUGUACAAUCUGAACACCUGCUCCUUUAUUGACAUACGGUACACCUUGAAGGUCAGCAUAGAAACUUCCGGAUGCCACGUGGACGAGGACGACUCCUGCCCCAUCAUAUUCGGGACUAUCCCGAUCGUGGGUUUCCAGGACAACCUUCCCGGGCUAGUCAACCAACUACCUCAAGUCAACCCUGCCGCCCCGUACCCGCUACCGGUCGUCAACCAACCGGUCGCUGCGAACAACUUCCAAGGCGCCAACUCCGCCUAUCCGGGCCAGACGUACCCUGGAGCGUCCCCGUACCCACCCCCGAAUGUGUCUCCGUACCCCAGCCCCAAUCCGCCGUACCCUAACACCAACUCGCCGUACCCCAAUCCGCCUUACCCCGGCGCCAGUCCGAAUAACGCUCCGUACCCUGCACCGAAUCCUCCUUACCCGCAAGGCAACUCUAAUGGAGCCCUGAACCCCUCACCGUACCCGAACCCACCAUACCCCGGUGGGGCUCCAAACCCAUCACCGAAUCCACUGUACCCUAGCGAAGCUCCAAACGCGUCACCGUACCCUGGCGCCAACCCGCCGUGCCCCAGCGGGCCUCCAAACGCGUCACCGUACCCUGGCGCAAACCCUCCGUACCCCAGCGGGCCUCCAAACGCGUCUCCGUACCCUGGCGCCAACCCGCCGUACCCUACCACACCUUCAAAAGGCAACCUCCCGUUUCCUACCGCAGGGGCGUACCCUAGCACCCCCGCUGAGAAUCCAUCCGCUUCAAGCCCGUAUACCCGCCCUAUGAUAGGCGGGGGACUAAGGACCGGCACAACUGGGUUCAUAGGCGCCCCGGAACCGGCGGCGAUUCCUUUACUGCCGCCUGGCGCGGGCGUCCCGUAUCCUACCGUGUCAAGUCCGUACGCCACCGCCAGCGCUCCUGAACCGACUAAGCUGGAAGAAAACCCUAACAAUUCUCCAUACAACCCAGAGUUCGUUGAAUCCCAAAAGAAUUGACACGAGGUUUUACUAUAAUAAUACUACCUCGAAUAGUGACGUAGACUAAGCUAAGCUACAACCUGGUUAAGUUAACUGCGCACCUCGGUUCGCCCCGUCCGUACCAUUGUGUCGGUGUGACGUCACGGCCGUCAAGUGCGCAGUUAACGUGACCUGGUUGUAUUAUACGUAGAUGUAAGCGAUGACUGUAUACGCCUUCAUUUUAUAUUUAAACUAUUUUUAUUAGAAACCCUUGGGUUUGUUUUCAGGGGUAAAAAUCAGCAGCUGAAUAAACGCAUUUUUGUUAUUAAGGAAAACAAGGUAUUUAACGCAUAGGUUCAAAAUUAUGUGAUCUCACAUUCAAAAUCAAAAGCCGAAAUAAUUAUGUGGUGUAGACCUUGAAAUCUCGUAAUGUAUGUGUUUAAUUAUAUUAUAUAAGGCAAUCAUUUACAAUAUAACUAUGUAUAAAGAGAUCAAUGUUAAAUAAGUGGUUAAAAGGCUAUUUUAGAAACUGCUUUAUAAUUUUAUAAAAAUAUAUCUUUUUAGGAUUCAUUAUUUUUACGGUUAAAAAUUAAAUGUGAGGAAAAGAUUUAUGGAUAUUUUAAAAAAGGUUAUUUACAAUACUUCAAACAUAAUCUUUCUAUACAAUAAAGAUAUUGAUAACUGAAAUACAAUAAUAUAAAGUGCCUGAUUUUGUCAAUAAAAUAUUAUAUUCGCUUUUAAAAGUUCCCAGUUUAAGUGCUUUGGAAGUGCUGAAACCAUUAUUAAUUAUAAACAUCACAAUAAUUACAAUUAAACUAAGAGUAUAAUAAUUUUACCAAGCGUCCAAUAUGCAAUGUGCCAUAGUGAAAAAUAUAAAUUAUAAUCAUACCUUACAAACAGUCAAUGAGACUCUAAAAUAUUGUAAUUUAGAAGAAAAAAUACUAUUUAGUGUUUUUGCAUUUGAAAUAGUCCUCAUGAUAAGUAUGUUUAAAUGAAAGUUUUAAUUAUGGAAUGUUAUUUUUUUAUUACAGUGCUAAUUACUAUAGUGCAUUAUUUAUAAUAUUAUUAUGGGAGUACAGUUUUAUAUGGAUAAGUGUUGGUAAAAUAGUCAACGUUUAUUAAUAAAUCAUUGAUAGGUAUGAAUAAUAUUUACUUCGUGCUAAUCUAAUAUGAUACUCUUCGAUAUAAUCUAAGUAUGUAUUUAUCAUUAUAACUGUAAGUCAGUCUUCCAAGUCUCGCACAAAACAACGGCAUUUUAUGAAUUAGUACUGCAAACAUAAUAAUAAUACGAGUAGGUGCUAUUUAAAACAAUAAAAUAUGUGACAUCAAAAUGUACGCCGAUUUCUAAACAUUUGCGGCUAUACCACGAGGAAUAUACCCCUAUACUAUCGGCAACAGUGUUAACUACCCAUUGCCGGUCAUGUCGUCUCAUUCUAUCGCAAAGAAUCACCAUUCGAUGAGAGCGAGAGCAAAAAUGGAAACGGAUAGUUAACACUGUGGCCGAUAGUACAACGACUGCACAUUAAGCUUACUAAACACUGGCAUCUUAUGCCGUCGUAAUAAGAACUAUUUUGUAGUAAAAAAGUAUAUUCUGAUGUGCUGAUGACGGUACCGGUACCUACACUUACUAAGAUUGUCUUUUAAAUAUUUAUCUUAGGUAUAAUUUUAGUAGAAUAAGGUAGGUUGAUAUUAUUUUUUGUUACUUCUAUACCAUAUUAGGCUGUAUUAUGCGCUUCUUAUAAGUAUUUUCGGCCUAAUACUUGGCAUUUAAAAUAAUAUAGUGUUUCGUUAUAUUAAAUACUUACAAAAUUUUUAUAUUC